GGGCACCGAGUCAACUGGCGGAACAGCGGGCACCGAGUCGUCUGGCAAGACUGCGGGCACCGAGUCGUCUGGCAAGACUGCGGGCACCGAGUCGUCUGGCAAGACUGCGGGCACCGAGUCGUCUGGCAAGACUGCGGGCACCGAGUCGUCUGGCAAGACUGCGGGCACCGAGUCGUCUGGCAAGACUGGCGGGCACCGAGUCAACUGGCGGAACACUGGGCAUCGAGUCAACUGGCGGAACAGCGGGGCACCGAGUCGGGCAUCGGGUCACCAGGUAUGACAGCGGGCACUGGGUCACCAGGCAUCAGGUCCAUUUGGCUUGCCAGCGGGCACCGCGUCAUCUGGCAAGGCAGUGGGCACCGGGUCACCAGGUAUGACAGCGGGCUCUGAGUCAAUUGGCACGACAGCGGGCACUGGAUCAGGUACCGGAUCAUCUGGAUCAACAGCGGGCAUCGAGUCAACUGG